UGUGCGAGCGAGAGAGAGAGAGAGAGAGAGAGAGAGAGAAUUUGCACUCCGAGAAUAGAAAGCCAAAGGAAGAAGAAGAAGACGAAGAAGGAGAAGAAGAAGGAGGAGAAGAAGAACAGGAGGAGGCGGAUUGUUCAGACUGAAGCAGAUACAUUGAUCAGCAGCUCGAGCUCAUUUGAUGGAUGUUUGAUCAGUGGAUGUGAUGCCCAUUUAUAUCAUCGACCGAAAAUUUCCUGACACAUCAGGUGAGUUGAUACUGUCGGCAGCUGAAGGAGGAGACCUGACGAUGACAGAGACAAAACCCCCAAAUUUGGCGAAGAAGCCUCGCUGGACCUCGUUGGAGAUUGGACUCAUCGCCAUCGUCUCUUUAUUCUUCAUCAUUAUUGUUGCCCUCAUCAUUCUGUGUAGCACACAGAAGACUGAUAAAAUCUGCACCACAGCUGACUGCACACGGUCAGCCUCUGGUCUCAUUGAGAAAAUGGACACCAGUGUGGAUCCUUGUGAUAACUUCUAUCAGUUUGCCUGUGGAGGCUGGCUCAAAAAGAACAUCAUCCCAGAAACCAGCUCCAGACACGGCAUCUUUAACGUCCUACGAGACAACAUGGAGGUCAUCCUCAAAGGAGUCCUUGAAAAGAAAGUGGAGGGAGAAGCUGCUGCUCUCAUCAACGCAAAGACUCUUUACAGAUCCUGCACCAAUGAGAGUUUAAUUGAGCUCAGAGGAGGAAAACCACUGCUGGAAAUGCUGCCUGAUAUAUUUGAGUGGCCUAUAGCUGUGGACGACUGGGAAACCAAAUAUGGUAACACCUGGAGGUUGGAAGACGUCAUUGCCAAACUGAACGAGAAAUAUGGAACUCCACUGUUAGUGAACCUUUUUGUUGGCACAGAUGACAGAGAAUCCAAUUCACACAUCAUUCAUUUUGACCAGCAGACAAACCUCGGCCUCUUGUCCAGAGAUUAUUAUUCCUGUGUCGGACCCUUUGCAGAGGCAUGUCAAGCCUAUGAACAGUUCAUGAUGGACCUGGCUAAGCUGAUCCGCACCGACCGAGGACUGACGAUCAACGAGAGCCGCAUCAGAGAAGAGGUGAUGAGAGUGAUUGACCUGGAGAGAGACAUCGCCAACUCUACUGACACUCCUGAGGACCGUAACAACCCGGUUCUGCUUUACAACAAGAUGAACCUGAGCGAUCUGAACGACAACUUCACACUGGAGGUCGACUCGCAGGUGAAGAAUAAUCUCUGUCUGUCAGAAGCUAAGAUCAUGGCAACGGUCAACAUCACUGUUCCUGAAACAGAGAAAGUCAUAAACUACUCCCCAAAUUAUUACAAGAGACUCAGCCUAGUUUUGACCAGAUACAGCAAGAGAGAUCUUCAGAACUACAUGGCGUGGCGUUUUGCUAUGAACAUGGUUGUGGGUCUGAGUAGAGCGUACAGAGACACCAGGAAACCCUUCCGCAAGGCUCUGUCUGGUACUGCAGUAGAAGCACCAGUGUGGAGACGAUGUGCGCUUUACGUCAACGCCAACAUGGAAAAUGCUGUUGGUCGUCUUUAUGUGCAGGAGGCGUUCUCUGAAAAGGGCAAAGAACUGAUGGAGGAGAUGAUCAAAAAUAUUCGGGAAGUGUUCAUUAGUAAUCUGGAGGACUUGACCUGGAUGGAUGCUGAAACCAGGAAAUCAGCAGAGGAGAAGGCCAGAGCUAUUCAGGAACGGAUUGGCUAUUCUGAAAACAUCAUGGAUGACAAAUACCUUAACAAUGAGUACAAAGAUCUGAACUACAGAGCACACGAGUACUUUGAAAACAUCUUACAAAACCUGGAGUAUGUGCAAAAGAAACGUCUGCGGAAGCUCCGAGUCAAAGUCAACAAAGACGAGUGGAUCUCUGCUGCUGCUGUUAUCAAUGCUUUUUACUCACCCACCCAUAACCAAAUAGUGUUUCCUGCUGGUAUCCUUCAACCACCGUUCUUCAGCAAAGGCCAGGCUAAAUCUCUCAACUAUGGAGGCGUUGGAAUGGUCAUCGGUCAUGAGCUCACACAUGGCUUUGAUACCUAUGGCCGUAAUUAUGACAAGAAUGGUGACAUGAAGGACUGGUGGACACCGGCCUCCACUCAGAGGUUCCUGAACCUGUCAAAGUGCAUGGUUCAUCAGUACAGUAACUUCACCUGGGACCUGGCCAACGGACUUAAUUUAAAUGGUAAUAACACACUUGGUGAGAAUAUUGCUGACAAUGGAGGAAUUCAACAAGCGUUUCAGGCAUAUAAGAUGCAUGUGAAGAAGCACGGAGAGGAUUUACCACUGCCUGGAAUCGACAUGUCACAUGAUCAACUCUUCUUCCUUAACUUUGCUCAGGUGUGGUGUGGAGCGUACAGACCAGAGGACGCAGUUAAAUCUGUUAAAACUGAACAUCACAGUCCAGGAAAAUUCAGAGUUCUAGGUUCCCUUCAGAAUUUCCCAGAAUUUGCCAAAGCUUUCAACUGCAAUAAGAGCAACUACAUGGUUCCAAACAACGUGUGCCGUGUGUGGUGAUCCACGGGCCUGUGCAACGGAUAAUGUUCCUGAAAUGGAUCAUCAUCCCUGUUCCUCCUAAAGAACCUCCACCCCCCCACUGGAGGACUGGUGUGUGUCUACAGGAAGUGACGCUCCCUCCUGGACGAUCCAUGGCAGUUGGACUGAUAAUGCAGGUUGCAUUUCCAGAGACUGUCCUCAAACUAAACGUAACUAUGGGUCGUUUGCAGGAAUUACAACCCAUAGGAAAGGUUUUUAAAACAUAACAGCAACCUGGUACCGUGUGUGUCGUCAUCAAUGAAGUUUCCACCUGCAGUUCUCUUCGUGGUGACACUGCGACACACUAAUUAUUAUUGUCUGGAACUUAGUGCCUGUCUUUUUCUGCCCUAACCCUAACCUCACUAACACUUGUGCCUAGUUCACUCACUCACUCACUCAUUCACUCAGGGUUAGGGUUAGCCUUCUACCACUUUGUCCUCCACAUGACGGUUGUGGGGGUCACAGGGACACAUAGAGACAAAACAACCACCCACUGUCACACCUACAGUCAAUUUAGAGUGUCCAAUUUGACUAAUCCUCAAAUCUGCAUGUUUUUGGACAGAUGCAUGAAAGACCCUUGUUCUGAAAGGCAAGUGUGCUAACCACUACACCAACCGUGUGGCCCCUUGAGUUGUACAAUACCAGUGCACUAAAAACCUACCUGUGGUCGACAAAAAAAACUCAUAGUUACGUUUCAGUUGGAGGUCAGUUGAAGGACAGGUUGGAGUACAUCUGAAGGACAUUUGGAGGACAGUUUGAGGACAGGUUGCACGUCAACCACAGGCAGCAGUGGACGGUUGCCACAUGGAGACACACAUGUCGUCCAUUCAAUCUCCUGCUUCUCACUGGAUUAUCCAAAACACUUUGAGUCAGUAGCAACUUGAACAACUUGAAGUUGAAAGUAAAACUUGAGUCGAGUUGCUUGUGACUCCAUGUGUUUUAGUUACACACACACACACACACACACACACAUUGAACCACUGUGUGGUUUCAGCCUUCAACUCCAAACUGACACACCGUACAAUCUACUUCUGAAUGUGAAUUCAUUUUGUUGAAAGAUAUAUUUAAUGAUAAUAAGUCAUGAUAAUGGCGGCUGUUUUUGAUUAUGAAUCACAGAAAUGUCUUUAUGUUAAUAUCUAUGUAUUUUCAGCUUUUAUCAUUGAUGCUCAUUGUUUUUGCUUUA